AUGUUUCGCCGAUUUAUGGGAAAACUAAUGCCUAUGAGCCCUGAAACUGAAUCAACAAGAAAUUCACCUACUGAAGAAUAUCACACUACUUUAUUGACUGUAACCGAUAUUUUAGCCGAUAUAAAAGAAGAAUCAAACAACAACAAUAAAAAUGAACAAGACGAUGUGGCCAUCCAGAUUGCUGUACUUAUGAAACUUUUACAAUUAGUUAUUGCAGGCAAUUCUUCUAAUGAUAAUGAUAACGAUAGCAAAUUUGAAGUGCAUAAGGUUUGCGAUUUAAAUGUGAUACAUGUCCGAAUUAUGAUCUAUGCAUUUCAAUGUUUGGAAAAACAAGUGACUACUAAAACACAUACAUCCGAUCAUCCACUUAUUGUGACAACGCGUCUUGUAAUUCAACAAAUUCCGGUAGAAGAUAUCGAGCUUGAUGAUGAAUUAGGAAGAGGCGCAUUUGGUUCAGUUUUCAAAGCUAAAUGGAUAUCAAGAAAACGUUCUGUCGCAUGUAAAGUGAUUGCUGUAACUAAUUCGAGAGACGCUGAACUACUUGAAGAAAUUUUUUUACAAAACUAG